ACUUCCGGGCGCCGCCUCAUUUCCGGCUGCUCUGGCGCGGCGGGCCGUCCCCGGCCCGGAUGGUCCAGACGCGGCGCCCGGCGGGGAGCGGCGGACGUCCGCAGGGCAGCAGGGGAGCGGCGGGCGGCGGGCAUGGCCGCCGCCUGGAGGCGCGCGCUGCUGGUCCUGCUGGCCUCGCACGUGGUGUCCGCGGCGAGCCCCUCGGACGAGGACGAAGUGCCCGAGGAGUGGCUCCUCCUGCACGUUGUGCAGGGCCAGAUAGGAGCCGGGAAUUACAGCUACUUGAGGUUGAAUCACGAGGGCAAGAUUGUUCUUAGGAUGCAGAGCUUGAAGGGAGACGCGGACCUGUACGUGUCGGACAGCACCCUGCACCCGAGCUUCGACGACUACGAGCUCCAGUCCGUCACGUGCGGCCAGGACGUGGUGUCCAUCCCCGCGCACUUCCAGCGCCCCGUGGGCAUCGGCAUCUACGGGCACCCGUCCCACCAUGAGAGCGAGUUCGAGAUGAAAGUGUACUUCGACCGCAGGAUCGAGCAGUCCCCGUUUGCCGAGGUCGCGGUCUUCGAUGGCAGGGACCCGGCGCACAGGCACGCCCACGCCCCCGAGGACGCGCCCCAGGAGGAGGAGUCCGUGCUCUGGACCAUACUCAUUAGUAUUCUGAAGCUGGUCCUCGAAAUCCUGUUCUGAUUCACUGAACAUGCUCUGGAACCUGGGAAGUUGAUUGCAGUUCUCUGAAUCCAGCUACCCUGGUCUGCUGGAAAUUCUGGUUACUUCUAACUGGGGGGUGGAAAAAUAAAGCCAUACAGUUUUGUUACCUCAUAUACCCGAAAAGUAGGGAAAGCAGCAAGAACCAUGUUUUUCUCCUCCAAAUGUCAAAAUUCCUGUAAAAGGAAUACGCACAAUAAAAUGUUUAAACUCCA